AUGUGGUGGCUCAGUGCUUGGUGGUUCCCCGUGAUCUCGGCGGGCAUGUGGCUCGGCAUGCUGCUGGCCAUGUUCUGCUCCUGGGAAGCCAACGGACAUCCUCACCUACCGUCCAUGAGCGCAAACCAGCACAUAGCCUACAUAUCUGACAUUGGGGCAUUUGGACUGAAACCGCUCUUCAUCACCGGUGCCGUCAUCACCACCGUCUUCCUCGACCUGGGUUUCAUGUCGGAGCGAUGGCUUCGACACUAUGGUCGUCUGGCACCCAACACGUCCCGCGUCCAAUCCGCGCUCUCGAGUUGUGCCAUCUUCUUCGCCAUCGCAGGCACCUGCGGUCUGAUCUUUCUGUCCAUCUUCGACACCUACCAUCAUCACAAAGUUCAUGACGGAUGUCUGCUUCUCUUUAUUGGUGGAUACAUCAUCUCGGCCAUCUUCCUCUGCGCCGAAUAUCAACGACUUGGCGUCCACUACCGCCAGCACCGCGUCCUGCGUAUUUCCUUCUGGGUCAAACUUGCCUUUAUCAUUCUCGAGAUUAUCCUCGCCAUCGUCUUUGCCUCUACAUCGUGGAACAACCACGAAAAUGUUGCUGCUGUUUUCGAGUGGAUUGUCGCCCUCAUCUUCACCUUUUACGUCCUCUCGUUCCUGCUCGACCUUUGGCCUUCGGUGCGGUCGAAGCGCCACGUCCCUCAGGGCUGGAGAGAAAGAGAAGCGGAACUCGAAAAAGAAGCCGGAAGGAACGGCGGCCUGCCUCCUCUUGACCAAGGACCGGCACCGAUCACCUCGGAUCAAAAUGCAACCACAUAUCAAAACAACGAUUCCUACGACAACACUGCCACCGAAGGGUAUCGUGGGACCAACAUGACGGCUGGCCAGGGCUCCCACAUCCAGUCUGCCCUGUCCAAAUACCCUGUCGAACACAAUGACCUUGGACGCCAGAAACGAUGGGGCAUUGGUCGGUUCCGAUUUUGA